GAGACAGAAACAGUUAAAUAUCAUUUCGUUAAAGUUCAUCUACCAUGGGCUGUAGUUUCACAAUAUGCAGAAGAUUUACUGUCAAGAGCUAGAUUAUUGAUCGAUGAAUCAUCAAAUGAUUGCUGGUCGGCUUACUGGUUACAUAAAUUUCGGAUACCCAAUAUUAUGUUAUCAAAAAUUCAAUGGAAGCCUAACCGAUUUAUUACAGCCCCAUACGAUAGGACAAAAUUAGACAAAUAUGUUGGCUCUGAAGAUUUAGAGUCGUUUUUCAGCUCAGCAGAACGAAGUCGCUUGGCUAACUAUAUUUUAUCCAAUACUUUGUACGGCGAUAGGAGAGCUGGGGAAGUAGGCAUUGAUCGAUUAAUAGAAGAAAAGGCAUUUCAUGAAGCUUAUCCUCUGCAUGAUGGACCUUAUUCUAAUACACUAAUGGAUGAAAUGUUAUACCUACAUUGGGCCAGAUGGACAGCAUGGUAUAAGUAUCAACCAAUCGAAGUUAUUCGUUUAUAUUUCGGCGAGAAAAUUGGCAUUUAUUUUUCUUGGCUAGGUUUUUAUACUUCUUGGCUAUUACCUGCUGCUAUAGUUGGUUUUAUAAUUUUCAUGAUUGGUAUAUUAAGCAUGGGUUCUAACCCUGUCGCUGCCCAAGUUUGCGAAGGUGGUAAGACUAUUAAAAUGUGUCCCAUUUGUUCACCAAGCAUUGGAUGCGAAUACUACUAUUUAUCUGAUGAUUGCUUUUCAGCUACAGUUUCGUAUGCAUUUGAUAACCCUGGGACGGUGUUUUUUUCAAUUUUUAUGUGCUUCUGGGCGGUUUCUUUUCUUGAAUAUUGGAAAAGGAAAGAAGCUACAUUGGCAUUUCGCUGGGAUACAAUGGAUUUUGAAGCAGAAGAGGAACGACCAAGACCUAGAUUCUCUGCUUUAGCUCCUAGUAAACGACAAAAUCCCAUUACAGGGCAGUGGGAACCAUAUAUGUCACCGGCGACGCGACUUCCACGUUACCUGACAGGUCUCUCUGUAAUUCUCAUUAUGGCAAGCCUAGUUGUCAUUUUUCUGAUUGGUGUUAUCGUUUAUCGAACGGUUAUAACGAUUGUAAUGUAUGGAUCUAAGAGUCUACGUUCUUCUGCCUCAUCCAUUUCUGGAUUCACCGGUGGCAUAUUGAAUUUGGUUUUAAUUAUGCUGUUGAGUAGGACCUAUUCAAAGUUGGCACAUACCUUAACAGAAUGGGAAAUGCAUCGAACUCAGACUGAAUUUGAAGAUCAUUUAACAUUUAAAGUAUUUUGCUUUCAGUUUGUCAACUUCUACGCCUAUAUCUUUUAUAUAGCGUUCUUUAAAGGAAGAUUUAUAGGAUACCCAGGCCAUUAUGAUCAUUUUCUUGGAUUGCGCCCUGUUGAUUGUGGACCGACUGGAUGUCUUGUCGAAUUAGCUACUCAAUUAGCUAUUGUAACUGUUGGAAAGCAAAUCAUUGGCAACGCUAAGGAGCUGUUUAUACCGUCAAGAGAAUAUCCGCCGGACGAUGUAGAUGGAAAUGAAGAUAAUAAUGCAGAAAAGGAAGAAGUUGAAGAGAGUACAGCUCAAACACGUUGGCUUGCAGACUUUGAACUGUUAAAAGAUGAGCCACUAUUUGAAGAAUACCUUGAGAUGGUAUUGCAAUUUGGUUUUGUAACUGUUUUUGUGGCAUCAUUCCCUUUGGCUCCUUUCUUUGCUCUUCUUAAUAACUGGGUGGAAAUUCGAUUGGAUGCUAACAAAUAUAUCACACAGAGUAAACGACCAGUAGCUGAAAAAGCUCAGGACAUAGGUGUUUGGUAUUCAAUUUUAGAAGCAGUAACUAAAAUCGCUGUCAUUUGUAAUGCUUUUGUCAUCGCUUUCACAUCUGAGUUUAUUCCAAGGAUGUUAUAUAAAUUCACCAUUAAUGAAAGUCUGGAAGGCUAUAUCAAUUUUACACUAGCUCAUGCACCGCCUAACACGACGUCUGAACCUUGCCGGUAUAAAGGUUAUCGUAACGAGGAUGGCCAGAGAACAUUGUUUUAUUGGGAAUUAACAGCAAUGAGGCUAGCAUUUGUGAUUGUUUUUGAGCACCUUGUUUUUGGAAUAUCAGUUUUCAUUGCAAUUAUGGUGCCAGAUGUACCUAAGAGUUUAGAUAUUAAGAUUAAGAGGGAGAGAUUUUUAGCUGAAAACAUGCUAACAGAU